UUGUUGUCAGCUGGUUCCUGCCGGAGUCGUUUUCUCCUGAAGUGUCGGUUUGAUUUACUUAAGCUCUUGAAACAGAACAAACGGUGCUGGGCGGAUGCUGUCCGUCGGGCGGGAGGCCGUCAGCCAUUAGCCGGGGUUCAGCGGGAGCAGCGGCGGGCGGGAUGAGCUCCUCCGUGGCCCUGCACACCCAGCUGGCUACCGUCAUGGAGUCUCUGGUCCACGCCGCGGUGGCGGAGCUCCAGAAGCUGGUGGAGGACAGCGCGGCCUUCCUGCUCAGCCUGGAGGUCCGGACCGGCACCUCCGGCAGCGGCGCCGAGGAAGAGUCGCCUCUGCCGGCCACAGUUCAGGCCGAGAGCCGGGAGAAGUUGGUGCUGUUUGCCUCCAUCAUGGAGACUCUGGGGAACGAGGCUCUGGGGAAGAUCAUGAACAUCGUGGAUGAAGCCAAAUUGCUGGUGGAGCUGGAGUCGGGCAGAGGGGGCAAGAGACCUCAGACCAGCGUCCUCCAUGUCCUCAACAACACACAAGUUGAGCUGGAACAUUCGUACGGUCUCCGACUGCAGAGCUCUGACACAGAUGGGUCCGCUCAGAGCAAACCAGAGGAGGAGGGUGCUGAAACUCCGUUUGUGAUGGCGGUCACCGUGAAAGACGAGCAUGGAAACAUCGACCUGGGAGCCAUCGCUGAGAGAGCUCGAGUUGAAGCAGCUCAGCCGGUUCCUCCCGACCUGCAGCCGCAGAAAGUUUCCAGCUCACCUGAGUUUGUUCUGCAGAGCGUCACCUGGAAAUACUUCAUGUGCACGGCGUGCGGUAAGUCCUUCACGUCUCAGAGCAACCUGAAGUCUCACUACCGCAUCCACACGGGGGAGAAGCCGUUUACCUGCAGCGUCUGCGGCCGGGCGUUCCGUCAGAGGCAGAGCAUGCAGAGCCACAUGCGCACGCACACCGGCGAGCGGCCGUAUGAGUGUCCGCAGUGCGGGAAAUGUUUCUCCAAGCAGGCGCAGCUGAAAACGCACUCCAUCAUCCACACCGGGGAGAAGCCGCACGGCUGCGAGGUGUGCGGCCGCCGCUUCAACCUGCUGCAGAACCUGCACCGCCACGCACACACUCACACCGGCAAGAAGAUCUUCGUGUGCAACGUGUGCGGGAAAGGCUUUACCCGCGCCGUCACGCUCAAAACUCAUGAGCUUAUCCACACCGGACAGAAACCCUUCAAGUGCGAGCAGUGCCCCAAGACCUUCCGCCACGCCGUCAACCUCAAGAACCACCAGAGGAUCCACAGCGGCGUGCGCCCCUUCAGCUGCGACCUCUGCGGAAAGACCUUCCGCCAGUCGGUGAACCUGAAGAUCCACCGCAGGAUCCACACCGGCGAGCGGCCGUUCAGCUGCCAGGAGUGCGGCAAGACGUUCAGCCAGCAGAGCAGCCUGAUCUCCCACGGCCGCACGCACUCCAACGAGAAGCCUUUCGCCUGCAGCUCCUGCGACAAGAAGUUCAACAACGCCAACAGCCUGAAGCUGCACCUCCGCGUCCACACCGGAGAGAAGCCGUACACCUGCGACAUCUGCGGCAAGACCUUCAGCCAGGGCAGCCACCUGAGGACGCACAAGAGACACGUCCACGCCGGCGGCAAGCAGUACAUCUGUGACAAGUGCGGGAAGAGGUACUCAGACCAACGCAACCUGAAGCUGCACAAGUGCGGCUACGCUUGAAUGUGGAAUACUCUCCUCCUCUCGUCAGGUUAAUGUUGGGAAUAAAGUUGGAAUAUUCAGGGAGAACAAACGUGAUUUUAUUUCAGGAUGUUUAAAUUGAAAUUCUCAGUUUCUUUGACAGAGCCCACUCAGAGAGAACAAGCUACAGUUUAUUUACUGUUUGGAUUAAAAUGUACAUUUUUUUCUAUGGAGUUUGGAACAUUCAGAGCAAACCAUUUCAAAUGUUUGGAAUAAAAUUCAGUUUCUUUAAUGGAGUUUUAGUUUGAGAUUCGUUGACAGCUGCUGUGUGUUAGACAGGAAGUGGAUUUGUUUGAACUGAUCAGUGAUCGGAACAGAUCAGAUAUGUAUUGAUGGGGGCGGAGCGUCUGCUUCAGGUAUAAUGUUCCUGAGUGAUGUUGAUGAUGAGCCAGAGUAUCCAGUUUUUGUUCUUUCACUUUAAAUACUACACUACCCAUGAGCCUCAGCGUCGUCUGUUGCCAUGAGGUUUCUGACUGGAUGAUUCUCACAGCAGUGCUCUCUGGGAGUCAAUGUUGUGAACACAGUCUGUGACCUUUGACCUUUUCAGAUCUCAUGUCUCAAGUCUCAUGUCUCAUUGAUUAUCUGGAGCUUCACUUGACACCUACUGGAUAUAAGCCCCGCCCACUGAAAUAUUGUAUUCUGAUUGGUUGAAACCGUUAAUUUCAGUUCAUUAUUUGACUGAUUUUGUCUGUAAAUGUGGACAUUGUUGCUUUUUUAAAAAAAAUAAUUUUCUAAAUAAUAUUUUUCAUGUGUUUGGAAAAUAUUAAUUAAACCUACAGACUUCUGCAGAGU